CUCCUCCUCUCCCUCUUCGACGUGGAAGGCAACUACUUCCUCGUCCUCGCCUACCGCAACACGACCCUGCUCAGCGCCCAGCUAAUCAACUUCUGGGCCAUCGCGAUCGUGGUGCUAAUCUCCUCCACCAUGCUCGGCGUGCACUACCACCGCCCGCAACUCGUGGGGAUCUGCAUCUGCAUCACCGGGAUGCUCGUCCUCCUGCUCACCGACCGCACCCCGACCACCCCUUCUUCCCAGAACAGACUGCUCGGCGACCUCUCCGCCCUCGCCGGCGCCACCAGCUACGGCCUGGCCAACGUCCUCGAAGAGGUACUGGUGACCACCGCCCCGAUUUAUGAGGUGCUGAGCCAGAUGGCGUUCUCGGGGACCUGCAUCACCGCGCUGCAGGCCGUGGCGCUGGGGGAGCUGGCCACUCCGGGUGGUGUCACCGUACUGGAUGGGCGGGUCCUCGGGCCCUGGGCCGCGUAUACGCUCUGCCUCGCCGCGUUCUACUGUCUCGUGCCGCUGCUGCUGCGGCGCGCGUCCGCCGCGUUCUUCAACCUCUCCAUGCUGACGAUGAACUGCUGGGGCGUCGUGGUCGGCGUGCUGGUCUUCCGGUACCCCGUGGUGGGAUGGGGGUAUCCCGUGGCGUUUGGGUUGAUUGUCGCCGGCCAGGGGGUGUACUUUCUCGGG